UAGGUUCCUGGAAGCCAGUCAAAGCACCAGGGACAGUCCCGGUUCCUGUCACUGAUAGAUCAAGCUACACAAUGGUCACACAUAUGUAGAGGGCCUAGGUCAGUCCCAUUUGUGCUCCCUAGCUGUCGGUCCAGAGUCUGUGAGCUCCUAUGAGUCCAGGCUAGUUGUUUCUGUGGAUUCCCUUGUGAUGACCUUGACCUCGCUCCCCACCCCACCCCCAGCUCCUAUAAUCCUUCCUCCCUCUCUGUAACAGAAUUCCCUGAGCUUGGCCUAGUUCUGGGCUGUGGAUCUCUGCAUUUGUUUGCAUCAGUCACUGAAUGAAGACUCUCUUACCACAACUGGAGUGGUCACUAAUCUGAUUACAGGAGAUGGCCAGUUCAGGCACCCUCUCCAUUAUUGCUAGGAGUCAUAGCCAGGGUCAUCCUUGUAGAUUUUUGGGAGUUUCCCUUGCACUAGGCUUCUAUCUGACCCCAAAUGUGUCACCUAUCAAGACAUCUCUUCCGUUACUCUCCCCCUCCAUCCACGCCCCAACCCAAUCCCUCAUGUUUCUGUCUCCAUCAGCUCCCAGUCUACCCAGGAGACCUCUUCUGUUUCCCCUUCCCAAGGAAAUCCACUUAUCUCCAUCUCACUUUAUAAUUUUAGUUCUUUGUGUUGGUAACAUGACUUUCAUCCCAGUACUUGGAGACAGGGGUAGCGGGGUGGGAGGUAGGGGGUAGGCAGAUGGCUGUAAGUUUGAGGUGAGCCAGAGCUACAUAGUGAGACUUUGUAAACAAUCAAGCAAACAACAUCAAAAGCAGAAAAGAAGAGAGUAUCAGAUCCUUGGGAGCUGGCAUUACAGGCAGUUGUCAGCCCAAUAAGGGUGCUGAGAACUGAACUUGGGUCCUGUGGAAGAGUAGCAAGUUGUUUUUGUUUUGUUUUAACAAUGGAAACAUCCUUCUAUCCCUACCCAUACCAUCACUUGCUUUAAUCCCCCCAUCUCAGAAAAUAAAGCUUUUAUUAGAUUAUUUAUAGUCGAACUGCUCUGAAUGUGUCACUCUCCUCACUUUGGGAAGCUAGCUGCAAUGUGAUUUUAAAGAUAUUUGACAAUAAAGCCUAAGUUAUCUCACUAUAUUGUCUUUAAUAAAAAUAUAGACCCAAGCAAAUGAAUUUAUAAUUUAAAAUAAAUUAGUUAUCUGCAGUCAAUGACUUCUAUGCUUGUUCUUAGUUAUUGAUUUAAAAAAUAACUUUCACUGAAUUAAGCAAAUAUUGUAAUUUCAAAAAUACAUAGUACACUCUAGGUUUUGUAUAAUGGGUACAUUCUGUAAUAAAUCUUAAUUAUCAAACUAGUAUUUAGCCUGUUUACUAUUCUGCUUUUGGUGAGCUUUGUUGAUAGCAUCUAACUUGUCGGGCUUUGAUGUCAUGCUUUGCAAUGAGUUUUAAUUUGAUUCAUUAACACGGGAAAAUCAUUGUUCCUCAGAGAAGUGUGAAGUCUUAUGUACCAAAAUAUACAAUAUACAUCCGUUAUUUCAGGGAUUUCUUUUCACCAUUCCAAAGUGUUGCUGAUGCCUGUUUCCUUGACAACCAGGUGAUGUGAGAACUGAAAUGAAUGAGUGCAUGUGAGGUGUAGACACAAAGCUAUUGUAGGUGUGUAUAGGAACUAUUGGAGCAACCUCGUUUUCUUUUGUGCACAACGAUGAUAAUGCUCAUGAAGGAACGUCAGCAGUUUCCAUGGUGCCAAGUGGGUAGGUCCACAUGGCAGUUAAUACUUGUAUGUUGCAAUUCUAUAUAUGUUUCUUACUACUGUUCACUUCUUUUCUCCAGGUGUUCUCUUAAAAAUUAAAAGCAAUAUGUGUGUGGUGUGUGUCUGUGUAUUAGCACACACAUGACAUGGCAUACAUGUAGAGGCCAGAGGACAACUUUAGGAAGUCCAUUCUCUCCUUUCACUGGGGAUCAAAACCCAGGCAGUUGCUGGGCGGUGGUGGCGCACGCCUUUAAUCCCAGCACUCGGGAGGCAGAGCCAGGCGGAUCUCUGUGAGUUCGAGGCCAGCCUGGUCUCCAAAGCGAGUUCCAGGAAAGGCGCAAAGCUACACAGAGAAACCCUGUCUCGAAAAAAACCAAAAAAAAAACCAAAAAAACAAAAAAAAACCCAGGCAGUCAGGUUUCUGUGGUAAGCAUCCACUCAAGCUACCUCUCCAGCCUGUUAUUCUUAUGUCACACAUACUCAUCAACUAGCUUAUAGUAGGAAAACUAGGCAAACACUUGGUCUUUUUCCUUUCAUGUGUGACGUACAAUUAGGCAUAGCAUGAUAGUUUCUAGUGAUCUUAGAUGACAGCAAGAGCACAUAGUUCAAAAUGUAUUAUGGCAAUCAGGAGUCGUGCCACAUGCCUAUAAGCCUAGAACCCAGGUAGCUGAGACUAAAGGAUGAAAUAUUAGACCCUGUCUCAGACCAAAACAGAUUAUGAAGAGUAUAAUGUAAUGUUCAGCUAACCCCUAAAUCUGAGGCAGUUAUCAGAGACCAUGUAUGCCACAUGGCAGUUAUCAGCUACCAUGUAUGCCACAUGGCAGUUAUCAGAGACCAUGUAUCCCACAUGAUCUGUAAGCCCAUGCUUGUUAAGGCCUUGUGGCCAAAUGCUAAAGUCAUGCUCACAUUCAGAAAGAUGUGUCUGUUAUCCACAAAAAUAUAUCAGUGCUUCUUCCCAGAGUAGAAGGGAUCAAGUGAGAUCCACUGCUAAGUGACAAUUUGGUUUCAUGAAGGGACAGCACCUUAUUAGUGGCUCAAUUUUGGUCUCUGUGGCCAGCAAGUUGGAAUUCAGCAGCAGCACUAACCCUUUCCACCUCUGUGAGUUGGAACCCACGUGGAUUGUCCCACUCCCCAGUUUGUGCUCUCUUAUGCAAUGUCAUGGUGGUUGGUGACAGCGCCUUUUCAGCUGACCCAAGUAUUCUUUCUGUCAGGUGUCUCUUGUCUUUCCCAUGGUGGGAACUGUCCACAUCAACACUUGCAGAAGAGGACUGGGCCCACUGAGAAACUGGUUAGAGUCAUAAAAAGACCCCAGUGGGGAUCAUAUAUGAAAUUUUCAAGAAACUAUUGAAAAGAAGAACAAAAAAAUGGCCAAAAAAUUCAAAUGAAAACAUAUACUCUACUCACAUGAAUGAAUCAUCUCUGAGAAAAAGAGAAUGCCCUGUAGUAGAGAGACCUGUCACAUGCAAGAUUGUGAAUCUGACCUCCAGCACCCACCCCAAAUACAAGCAAAAGCUUAUCUGUCAAACCUCUUAAACUGACUGAUGUGGGAAGAGAAACAAUAUGAGAAUCAGGAGUGGGAAUAAACAUGAAAAAUAUACUUUACUACUGUCAAUAGUAGUUUAAUAUAAUUUCAUAUUUUAAAACUGUCUAUAUUUUAAAAUAUAAAUAUCGACGAUAGGUUCAUAUACAAGCUUCUUUUGGAAGAUGAAGUACAUUGCAACUCUACUGAUUGCCUAGAAGUGGGAAAUUUGUGUUACUUCAAACUCUCCCAAGUGGAAGUUUUACUUAAGUUUCUGUUCAAACAGCUAAUGCUUAUCUGGGAGUUUUGCAAAUAGCCUUUGAUUAAGGUUUCUUAUUUGUUCAAGACUAACCAAGGUCUGCACUUACAAUCAACGUUAGUCCCUUAGGAAUGAUGACUUCCUGUGUUUUGAGUCAAUUACCUAUAUUAUAUACAUGUUAACUUUAAAGGCAAUAAAUACGAAUUAAUAAAUAUGCAUCUUGGAUGUUCUUAGGUUUAGCCUAUAAAUUAAUUUAGAUACCAUUACUCAUCAUUUAUGCACUUAUUUGUAGAUUUUACUCUUUUUUUGAAAAAGUGGGCAUUUAAGAAUUUAGAAGAUAUUUGUAUUAUAAGGACAUGAGUCUCUAAAUUUGAAUAUUUUCUUGAUUGGCAUUCCUUAGCUUUAUGUAAAAUGAUACUGCAUUUUCUCACCCUUACAAGGCUGAGGUAAUACUUUCCAAUUUGCCAUGUUCGUCUUUUUCAUUGUAAAAGUUAGGGUUUCACAGAGAAUUAUUACAGAGGGCAUGUUAAUUAUUUAUACACAUAUAUCAUUUUAUUUCCUCCACUUUUUAAAACCUCUGCACACGGGACUCUUUAAAAAUCCCCUAGUUUGACAGUUGGCAACUAGUCAACACUGAGCCCACUUCCUGUGAAAGGACAUUAUUUUGCAUGUCCUUGGAGACUGGAUAAUUAAUGUGUAAUGCUUUACUUAAAACUGUAAUUAAGUUUAAAUUAAAAUUCUUUGGGUUUUUAACAGAGAAGGAAGUAUUUUGGUGCCCCUUUCACUUAAAUGUAAUAUUUGCCAGCCUGUCUGGGCCAAACCACCUCCAUUUAUAGAUACUUAUAUUGUUGUUUUAAUGUUGGCAUUUGGUCUGGAAACUGUAAGAAAACUUUGUUAUUUUCUUCCUACCUUCAAUUACAGCUGUUUCCCUUCAGUUUUUGGUAAGGACAAUGUCAAACAAACUACCUGUUGCCAUUCACUGUUCAUCACUAUUAUUAUUGCAGGUAGAAAUGUACUGAUUAAUCUUUCCUAGAAACUUCAGUUACACUACAAAGUAAGGAACACCUCCAGGCUGUUUUCUUUCUGUUUGCCAAGGACUUGGGUUCAUUUGCAGAUACUGCUCCUCAGUUAUUCCAAUAUCCUGCUCUGCUUGUCAUGAAUUAGGUUUUUAUGAAGUCCUGCCUUAUGGUUGUGAAGAUUCGUGAAAGCUCACCGGCGAACUCAUCAGUCCAAGGAUCAAAGACACAUUCUGCUUUGUUUCCGUCUUAGGUAUAUGCCUCAGCUCCACCUUGUGGGGCUCUUAACAUGUUCUGAACUCUAAAUAUUUUAACUAACACUCACAGUGGAUGAAAUCUAUUGUUAUUUUAUUCUUCCACAAUUUGUGAGUGACUGAAUAAAUUAAAAAAAAGGAAUACAAAACAAAACCAGACACCAAAAUUCUAGUCAUGAUCAGAUUUGCCUUCAUCGGUGGAGUUUUUCAAAAGUUUCUUGAAUUCUGCAAUAUUUUUAAAGUUGUGUUAUGGCCAAAUGUCCAAGUGAAAUAAGUGAGAAGCCCCAAAUUAAUGGUAGUCUUUGCCAAAGUUGAAAGAGAAUUUAAAGGACCAAGAUAAACAGUGAUAUAUUUAAUGCACAAAGAUAUUGUUUUUCAUGAUCUAUGUUCAUACAGUUUAUGUGACACUAGAUGUACUUCAAUAAUGUUGUCUAGACAAGAUCCUUUUAUUUCGAGUAUAGAUAUACACACAAAUCCAUUUAAGGAGCAAAUUUAUUAUAAAAUAUUAGUAAAUAGCUUGUAAGAGAUUUAUUUUGUAUUUUCACUAAUUAUUGUGUUUAUGUGAUCUACAAAGAAGGAGAAGAGAUUCUGUAUGUGUGGUUAUUUACAAGCAAAGCAUUUGAUGUAUUGAGGAACUUAAACAUCCCAAUUUGAGAUUUGGACCUAGUCCAGUUAAUUGACUCCUACAGGAACACUUUUGUGAAGCAAUUGAGUAUUUGCAAUGCAUCAUUGUUUUUCUAGCAUGAGAUAUUUUAUUUCUUUUUAUUUCUAUUUUGAAAGUGUAUGCUCUUGCCUUAAUUAAAUACAAACUCUUGCUGUCAUUGAUCACAUUGACUACUUCAGUUUGAUACCACAGUAUCUGUCAUGCUAAAUAUACAGUGCCUUAAUGUGUAUGGUUUGGUUAAUAGGGAGCUAAUCAUUUCUAAUCAUCAUAUCUUCCUUUACACAAUUUGGAUAUUGAUGAAUGGUUUAUAAUCAUGAUUUAAAAAUGAUCUUCUGUGUAUCAUGUAUUGUAAGUCUUCAGUUUUAAAACUGAAAAAGGACACAUCAUUAGCACACUUAAGACUUACACUUAUGUAUGUAUUUUGAGUAUCAGUUGAAAUUUAAUUGUUAUUAUUUUAUCCUAUUUAAAUGGGUUUAAAGAUAUAUGAGAAUAUGGAGAACUGGGAAGGACAUGGUGUAGAGGACAUUCACUACUAUGAGUUCUGGUGUGUUGCCAAAACCUCAGAUGUAUGGUCUUCUGGCCAAGCGCCUGUGGGUUCACAUUGUUGGUACAUUCAUUGUGGCCCUGGGAGUUACUGCUUCCUGUAAGUUUGGCACGGCUGAACCCAGAAAGAAGGCAUAUGCAAAUUUCUACAGGAAUUACAACUCCAUGGAGGACUUUGAAGAGAUGAGGAAGACUGGCAUCUUCCGGAGUGGGAAGCAACUUCAGAAUGUAUAGAAUUCUUUGGAUUGCACUCAAUAGAAGUUCAUUGCUGACCUGUGUUCCUGAACUAUGAAGCAUGAAUAUGUGGGCUAAGGAGUAGUUUAUCUCAAUAAACAAUUAACAAUUAUAUGGACAAAAAUAACAUAUAUGAGAAUAUAAACACAUUAAUUUAGUCUCUUAAAUUUUCUAAGAAUAAGAAACAAUGUAAGCUAUAUGUAAAUGUAAAAUUUCUAUUACUUUUGUUAAAAAGGUUUUGGCAUUAUGCUAAUAAUUAUUCAGUGUGUAAUUUAGAUACCUUUAAAGAGUGAAAACUUCUGUAUUUUCAUGUUAAAUUGAUUUUUUCCUUAAAAAUGACUAGUCUUUCAUAAAAUUGUUAAUUAUCAGCUACUAGAGAAUAUUAUGUUGUAGAUCAUUUUUUUUUUUUAUCUAGGAUGGAUUCAUUGGGAGUACGUAUAAAUUUCCUUUUUAGCUGCCCUAUUUUCUGUGUUAUUUCUUGAUAACUUUUUCUCCUGUUACUAUUAUCUAGUUCAGUGUAUUUAAUCUUUUGACUAGUCUCUCUUUUUACGUGUCCCACUUUUCUAUUUUAUUAAUAAAUUUUGUUCUUUGGCAA